AUGUUUUUAGGUACUCUCUGUAAAGAUGAUAUUGAUGAAUGUAAAGAGUCCGAUAACAAAAUUUGCAAUCAUGGAAUUUGCGUUAACUUCGAGGGAAGUUUUCAGUGCUACUGUAAACCUGGUUAUACAGGAGAACAUUGUAACUUGGACUUCGACGAAUGUCUUUCGAUGCCGUGCAAGAAUAAUGCUACUUGCAUUAAUCUAGUCAAUAAUUUUGAAUGUCGAUGUCCGCCAGGUUAUGAUGGGAAGGAUUGUUCUUUAAAUAUAGACGAAUGCGAAUCGAACCCUUGUAUGCACGGCGCUACUUGCAUCGACGGCAUUAACGAAUUCACUUGCGUCUGUCCAGAGGGAUUGACAGGAAAACAGUGUGAAAUCAACAUUGACGAUUGUGAAUCAUCUCCGUGUCUUCAUGGUUCUCAAUGUAUCGACGGUUUGAACAGUUACACUUGUAACUGUACAGACACCGGUUACGAAGGGCUACAUUGUGAGAACAACAUCGAUGACUGCCAGGGAGAUCCGUGCCAAAACGGAGCCCCCUGUAUUGAUUUGGUUAAAGACUAUACCUGCAAAUGCUAUCCCGGGUAUAAAGGUAAAAAUUGCGAAGUCGAUAUAAACGAAUGUGAAAGCAAUCCUUGUCAGCACAACGGAACUUGCAUCGAACGUUCUAACGUCACCCUGUACUCCUCAGAAAUGUCGUACAAUCUUCCCGAACGGUUUUCCAGGCCAUUCAAUUAUUCGGAAGCUGCAGGAUAUGAAUGUAUCUGCGUUCCGGGGGUGACAGGCCAAAACUGCGAGAUUAACAUCAACGAAUGCGAAAGCAAUCCGUGUUUCUACGGUACUUGCACGGACAAAAUCGGAGGGUACGUGUGCGAGUGCGAAGAAGGCUACGAGGGUAUCCAUUGCGAGUUGGAUAUAGACGAGUGUGAGAAAUAUAAACCUUGCGUGAAUGGUACCUGUAUCGAUAGGGUAGCCAACUAUUUCUGUCAGUGUACCGCCGGAUAUGGAGGAAAGAACUGCUCGGUUGAACUUACAGGGUGCAUGGAUAAUCCUUGUCUAAACGAAGGACAGUGUCGCCCUUACCUUAUUAACGAGACUGAGCAUAAGUUCAAUUGCACUUGCCCCAACGGCUUCCACGGCUACACAUGUGAACAAAUAACGACGAUGUCAUUUAGUGCAGUGUCUUCAGUAACGGUUAACACAACAAGAGAAGAAGGUUACGAUAUACAAUUCAGGUUUAAGACUACACUAGGGGAUGGACUAUUGGCUCUUGGAAAAGGUUUAACGUAUUACAUAUUGGAGCUUUCUAAAGGAAGACUGAAUCUUCAUUCGAGCCUACUGAAUAAAUGGGAGGGGGUUUUCACGGGAUCAAAUCUGAACAACAGCGAUUGGCAGAAAGUGUUCGUUGCUAUAAACUCUUCGCAUUUAGUACUGUCGGCCAACGAGGAACAAACUAUAUAUCCUAUAAGCUAUAACGAGAAUAACAACGUUUCGAGUACUAGCUUUCCCGUUACGUAUAUUGGAGGAAUUCCCAACAAUCUUCGCAAAUUGACCCAUGGACAACCGUUUCUAGUUGGAUGUACUGAAGAUGUUUUGGUUAAUAGCCAAUGGGUAUUGCCGCAACUUAGAAAUGCCACUUGGCUUAAUUUUCAAAAUGUCGAAGAGAAGUGUAUUAGAGAACCACAGUGUACGCCGAAUCCUUGUGAAUCAGGAGGACAUUGUACUGAUCGAUGGAGAGAUUUUAGCUGCACUUGUGAACGUCCAUAUUUAGGUCACACUUGCCAGUACAACUACACAGCUGCCACGUUCGGUCACGAAAACAUUACAGAUUCUUUGGUAACGGUCGACGUAGCAGAUUAUGCAAGGAGAGCCGUCAGAUCUAUCGUCGAUAUCAGCAUGUUUAUUAGAACAAGACAAUCUAGAGGACAGAUUUUUUAUUUAGGCUCCGGUUUGCUUCCAAAUCCAAACGACGAAACUUACAUAGCUGCCCAACUUGAAGGAGGAGAAUUAUUAGUAAGAAUACAAUUCGAAGGCAAUUUAGAAAGUUAUACCGUGGGGGGAGUUAAGUUAGACAACGGAUGGAACCAUCUAAUAAAGGUUAUACGCAAUGUAACUUUAGUCCAAGUAAAACUUAAUAACACAGAAUACUUCCGAAAGACCAUAUCCGCUUCAGGGCCUUUAGACGUUCGAGUACUUUACCUUGGAGGUCAACCGCAAUCGAGGUCAAUCAGACAGGCCAAUGAAAAUCUACCUACUGUUACAAAAAUUAAUAUAGCUCCCACGGCCCCGGCAGCUAUAAGCUCUCCGCUCAGUAACGUACACUUCAAGGGGAUUAUCCAGGAUGUUCAACACUUCUAUAUGGUGCCGAAGAGGGGUAUAAGCUAA